CAGCUGCUCCUCCGUGCCAGCACCUAGAGGUGAUAGAAGGCACUACUUAGUACUCACACAUCGAUCCUUCGCUUCAUUCUGCAAGAUAGGAGAAAUUGAUGUAAAGAGUCCUCGAGGAGAUACCAAAGAGGCGUACAAUGUCCGGGUCGGGUGCACGUAUUUCGUCCAGCGUGUGUGAUCUGAUGCGUGAGGCGUUUGCCUUCGUGGUCGAUGGGCAGGCACCUGAGCCCGGCCGUGAAGCGAAGACUUCCACGACGAUCGUUGCAAGCGAAGUCGCGUCAAAGGUCACGGACGCCUGCGCCUAUCUCCAGCGGUCACUCGGUGAACUGGCUUCUGCGAUCAGUGGGGGAGACGCCAGCAAUGCGAAACCAACGGCACUGCCCGUCUGCUCCGCUUCCGUUGUCGAGCGUUUUCUUUUCGACCUAAACACGUUUCUGCAAAGCGAGCGAGGCCGGGAGCGCCUAUUUCGCGCCGGCCAAUACGCUGGACGACUUUUACACGGCCUCACCAUGUGGAACUUCUUCCUCCAGCUCUCGAAGGUCAUGGCUUUAACACGAAAAGGCAUGCGGUUUGGCGGGCCGCUGCGACUUGCCCUUGAUCUGUUCGCGACGUUGGACAAAAUUAGAUUCGCGACUGCAUCUCCGAGCACGGACGGCGCAACGACAGUUCAGCAUUCAAAACAACAAAACCUUCUGACAUUCUUCGCCAUCUCCCAGGACAUCCUCUACCAUAGUAUCGACCACAUCGCUUUCCUGGAGCGAAUUCAGCUUUUGAGGAUCAGCGCCGAGCGGUCGGACUUGCUCGACCGAUUCAUCGAGUGCUUCUGGUUGACGGAAAUUAUUCCGCUUUUUACCCGCGACGCACUGGAAGCGGUUCGGCUUUGGAAAACGCAAAAGAUCAACGUCUUCAAGCACUUACUGGAAUACGGACGAGAUUUUUGGGUCAGUAGAAUUUUACAGGACCAGUCGAGAACUGCUUUGAAAGUACAAAAACAAGACCCACCAAACACCGACCACCUCCUCCUAGCGACGAACUUGAUAAAACUCGGGCUUUGCGAUUUCCCGUGCGUUAUCUUUGUGCUCCGGUCUUCCGCUUUUCGCCAGAAGCGGAAGCACAAGAUCUGGUGUGGGGCUUUAGGUGUCGUUGCGUCCUUGAUCUCGUGUUAUUGGCAGUGGCGCAAGGUGAACGCCAAAGAUCCCUUGAAGGACUACGAGUUCUUCGGAAGUGAUUGUGAUACGAAUGCAGCAGCGAAGACAACGACAGCAGUUGUGGACGAGAAUUCCAAUUCUAGAAGGACAAGUCCGAAGAAGAUCACGGCUGGCGUCAAGCCGGUGACUGGAACCUUGAACGAUAGCGGGUCAGUGGCAAAUUUAUCGGUAGGUCGUGUCGGAGGUGCGACAUCAUCUUCCACUGCUCUCACCCCCUCACCCGUCAAGACGCGCGUGAGUGUGAGGUCGAACGAGCAGCCCGAAGUUGCUAUCCUAGCGGAGGAGCAGGAUGCCAGCCCGCAGAAAAUAACAGUUCCCGGCAACCAAGGGACUCCUGCUGAAGUAGACGUUGCCGCCGCGACACCCAGCAGAGAGACGGGUGGUUCGACCGGAUCUCGUAGGGGAGCGCCCAGCUGGAAAGCGUACUCGGCAAAAAAGAAAAGAGGUGGAAACAGAGGCUCUGGCCAAAAUGAGGAACAGAACGUGAAUGGAACCGGCGGCCAAACAUGAAACGGACUAGUUGUAGUUCUUGCCGUGAACCAAUUGUGAAACGCACGCUCUACUUGUACAAUCCGUACGUUCUUCCGUUUUUACUUGUUUCGCUUUCGACACAGAU